CGCUGCCCGCCCCAUCCGACACAUCUCGCCGUCCUACCUCGCCUUGGAGCCACGCUGCCAGGUACUGCUGGGGGGCAGAGGGUGGGUGAGACCCCCGGGACUCGUGAGGAUCCCUGCCCUGCUCUCGGCCUCAUCCUUCUGCCCACUCAUGGUGCGGACUGUUAACUUUUGUUGUGUGUUUCUUCCCAUGGCUUUGCUCCCCAGUAGUCCAGCUCAUCACAGGGUUUUGACUCGUGUCUGUCCAUAGGGAAGCUGCGUGCCCCAAGUGCAGAUAAAUUGAGCUCAGCAGCCCCUCAUGCUGAUUUCUGUUUUACAGGCUGUUGUAGGUGCUCAAGUGACGCUCCUUGGUGCAGAUACAGGUGCUGGCAAUGUCACCGCAGGGGCUCGCCGUGCUGCUGUGCAGAGAAGGGGACCAGCACCUCGCCCAGCAGGAGCUGCCCACAGCCACAGCUUUCUACGUGGCUGCCUUCAGCUGCAGUGCCCCCACAGCCCUACAGAAAGUGAACUCGUUGGAGAACGGGCUCUGGGAGAGAGUGAUUGCCACCCUGGAGAUGUGGUGCAGGGGUAAGAGCCAGAUUCCCAAGAUCCAGAGCAGGAACGUGGCCAUUGCGUCGCUCAGAGUGGAAAUAGCCGCUGUCUUUCUCUCCACCCUAAGUCCUGACAACGUGCUGUCCUCAAUAUAUAAACUGGAGGCCCUGCUCAGGAGGGGAUGCUCAGAGGAGGUGGUGAGCAAAUGCAACGUUCUGCUCAAGGCUCACCCAGAAUAUUCAGUAGAACUGCUGCUGCUGAGGGCGUUGGCAUGGGUGCUGUCAGGGACGCAGAUAAGGAAGGGAGUUGCAGACUACAUCCAAGUGUUUGUGAGGCAUCAGGCUGAGGCGGUGGCCUAUGUGUGUACCAGGCAAAAAGAACACCUGCCACAGAUCAUCCAGGCCUUCUCUAAUUUUCUCUCAACGUAUCAGAAAGAAAGCCCAGAUGGCAGUUCCUUGGACCACUGGCUGGGUAAUUGCUACGCCUUCUUGUCUGCAGUGGCACCAGGUGACGUCUGGGUUUGCAGAGCGCAGGCAGCUUACCUCUUCAAGAAAAGCAAAUUUGAGGAGUGCGUGGCAGUUUGUAGCAAGGCCUUGAAGGGACUGUCAGUAGAUAACAGCCUCAGAGAUGAGAAAAUGCUGGGUCUGCUCUUGGAACGGGCUGCUGCUUAUUUCUUCUUGGGUGGCCGGAUGCAGGAAAUGAUGCAGGAUUUAGCAGAAGCCUUUGCAGCAACUCCUGACCUGGCAAUGAAGCACUUUGAAGAGCUUUUCUCACCACCUGACACUGAGAGGAUAGAAGAACAGGCUAGAACUGUCCUGGAAGUGAAGUUUGCAGCAUACAGGGAGGCUGUGCGUGCUCGGACCGAACUCAGAAGCAAUCGUUGUAGUGAACUGCUCCCUUCUGUAAUCCAAACAGUCCUUUUCCUCCUGCGUAUCUCCCCGGGGUCCAAACGUGAGCUCAGUGUCCGGCUGGCUGACUGCCAUCUCCUGCAUGGACACAUCGGAGCUGCCUUGGAAAUCUGUGACCAGCUCCUGGCAGCAGAGCAGAAAACUUAUCACAAUACUCUCCUGGCACUGCGAGGAUUCUGUGCCCUCCAUUCUCAUGAUCAUCAACAAGCCCUGCAGGACUUUCAAAAGGUCAUUGAGCACGAUUCCCCACAUCCUAACAGCUGUAUUAAAGCCUUAUGUGGGCGUGGGCUUAUCCGGAUUUCUGGUGGCAGCCAUUACUUGACAGCCCUGGAUUACAUCACAGCUUGCCAGUUAAAGCUAGAAGAAACCAUCUUCACCAUCAAGGCCUAUGUGCCAUGGAACCAAAGAGGAUUGCUGCUAAAGGUUCUGCAGGAAGAGGGACAGAAGAUGCUCCAGAAGAAGAGGGAUGCCCUCGGUGUUUACCAGCUGGCUUCUCUCUUGAUGGAACUGGACCCUUCUGAUGAAGCAUCACGGAUCCUUUGUGCCGAUGCUCUGUACCAGAUGGGCUGGGUAGAAGAAGCUCACAAGCUGCUCUCAUUAGCACUCUCCAGAAAUCCACAGAGAUCUCCCAUCCUGGCUCGACUCGCACUUCUGCAAUUAAAGAAAGGUUUCAUGUAUGAUGGCAAUCAGCUGCUAAAGAAAGUGAUCAGAAUUGGGGAUACCUCCUGCCUCCUGCCAAUCAUGGACAUUUUCAAGGAUGAAGACAGGAAGCUGAUGCAAACUCACUGCCGUUCCAAAGCGCUGAGCAUCCUGAAGAACAAACAGGAAGAUGCUGACAUAAAAGAGGCCAUUGCCUAUCUUUCUUUUGCCAUCAUUGCUUCAGGUGGCUAUGCUGAAGAUUGCCUCCUCAUCAGGGCUCAAUGUUAUGGGCACCUCGGUCAGAAGAAAACUGCUAUUUUUGAUUUUAAUGCUGUCUUAAAGGAGGACCCUGGCAAUGUGCAUGCUCUCAGUGGGCGAGGAUUAAUUUACCUUGCUCUAAAGCAGCAAAAGGAGGCAGUGCAAGAUUUGACCUUGGCGCUGAAGGCAGAGGCAGGAAUGGUCAUCCCAGCAAUCCUCUCUUUAAAGCACGAAGCCCAAGAGCUGGUCGCUCAGUGGCUCCUUCAGCACAGCAGGACUGUGUUAGCUGAGCUCAUUGCUACCAAAGACUUUUCAAAGGAAGAAAGAACCCUCCGAGACCUUCUUGUGAUUGCAGGAGCAUUAAUAAAAAUUCGCAAGGAAGGACAGUACCACAUCUUCUAUACGGAUGUUUUGAUUGCAAAUGGAAGGUAUGAAGAGGCCCUUGUUCACCUCCAGGAGGUGUUUGGCCAUUCCCUCGCUGAUGAACUUGCUAGUGCAAGACUGGCUGUGUUGCAGCUGAAGAAGAGGAACGUGCCAGCGGCAGCUCAAUCAUUCAGCAUCCUGGCUAAGAAAGAUGAAAGGGAGCUGGAGUUUCUCCUGAACUUUGUUGAUGCUAAACAACAGCAGCAUCUCUCCCAGGUAGCAGCCCAAGAAGGAAAUGUUCUGAUUAAAGGGCAUCACUAUAAGAAGGCUGUUGGUUUCUUUACCCUGGCUAUCUUGACAAGCAAAGAUAACCCAAGAUACCUCCGACAGAGGGCUGCUUGCUUUAUGCACCUGAAAAAAUAUGACAAAGCUUUAAAAGAUAUGGAGAAAGUGAUCGAGAAGCAUGGCUGUAACAGUCUGAGAACACGAGUUCAAGACCACUGCUCAAAGGGACACCUGCUAUUGUCAGUGUCAGAGGAAGAAGCUGCAGUCAAACAGUACAUUGAAGCACUGCAAUUGGAUGAAUCCACGGCAUUGUGCAGCAUCAUGAAUGGCUCUGGUAGUGAAAGCGUAGCAAAAACUUUUCAUAAGAUUGCACAGUGUAAUUUUGAAAUGCAGCAUUAUGAAGAGGCCUGGAAAAUCACAGAUUAUGGCCUUAAAAUUGAUCAAAAUAAUCCUGACCUUAAGAAGCUGAAAACAAGACUCAAGCGAGAGGCAUCCGGCUGUAGCAUCCAUUAACGUAUCUGUGGGGAUCUUCCAGUGACUGAUUGUUUUCUUGUUUGCUUGUGAAGCUGCAAGAAUAAGGGAAGGACAAGAUGCUCGUUGACCACCGUAUGCAUUGGACCACAGCACUGAAUGUAGCACAGCAAGACCAGAAGUAAAUAAUAUCAGGAGAAACAAAACUGACCAACAGAGCUAAUAAGAAUGAGGCAAACGGCAUUAAUCAAUAUCCUUUACAAUCAUUGUGGAAGAAAGUAAGCUCCCCUUUGUGAGGGAUAUCUGGCUAAACUGAAUAAUUAAUUGCAUACUACAUUGGUUGCAACCACAGCGAAGGAAAAUAUUCAGAUUGCUUGCAGUUCAUGAAAUAACAACGUAUUUCCUUGCUAUUUGUUUGAUUAGCUUUAAUGCACACUGUUCAGCUUAAUAGUUUUAUCUCGUGGGCCAAAAAGGUCACUCGAAAGUAACAUCUGUAAUGUGUUCAUGAGUUUGUGAAGCAUCCUGUGUUACACCACCCAGCUACCCCACUCCUGAAUGGAGGGAAGUGCCAUUUUGUGAUGGAACUGCAAUAAUCAGCAGCAAUAUAACGGAGUGGGGCGGUACAAACGCAAAGCAGAGAGUUCUGUCCUGGGCAACAUAAGUAAAAUGAAGGAUGAGAUCCAACAGAGAUGAAACAUCCGACCUAGUGAUGAAUGCUCUGAUUUCUGAAGGACAGAGGCAGCUAUACUACAGACUGAAGAAAUGGGACAGAAGAAGCCAUCCAGUGAUCACUCCUGUGUGAUUCUUUAAAGUUAAGCUGGAAUUUUUCAAGAUCAUGGAACUGUUUCCAACUGCUUUGAGAUCUGUCACUCUUUUCUAUGCGUGCAGCUAUAAAGAAAUUCCCUUGUAACAUCUGCUUCUUGAAUGUCUCCUGUGCAGCACGUUUCAGGACACCAUUACGAAAGCACAAGGAGCUUCUGGAGCUGAAAAAUAUUCCCCGCAACACAAAGACAGGCCGGGUCUGCAAGGGUUUGUUCAGAUCAUUGAGUUCCUGGAUUCCUCUUCAGAUGGAGGGAUGAGAAGAGCUGACAGAUGCCUAACUUAACUCUGAAGGAAGGGCAGAUUAACACUGACUAGUAGAGGAGGCUCAAACUCCUGGCAGAAGAAACCGGCGUUCAUUGUGUCCUGCCCCAUUCAGGGAAACACGUCUGUGCUCAUAUUCUUGGAACACUCUGUUUGCACAUCCCAGUAAACAGCACUGCCACAAAGAAGCCCCUGCUCUGCCCCCAGUGCUUCCCUGUGGCCACACUCAGAGCUGAGAGUGCUGGUGAAGUUCUCAGCUUGAGAAGUACCAGCCUUACAGUCUACAGUUAACUCUGGCAGUAAGUUACAGUAGCUCCAUGCACAAAACAGGAGACAAAUAGAACAAACUGUUCUCCCUCCAUACCAAAGUCAGCUCUAGAAAAUAACUGCAUGAAGGGAAGGGAGAUGACAUACCCAUCCUUCUACUGUCUUACCCAACUGUUAGCUUUUAGAUUUUCAAGGGGAAGCACAAAGGAGUUCUGCACAUUGCCCACACCUAUGUAGAAAUCAGCGUGCUUCCACUCCGUGUAUUACACUGAAAGCUGCCAGCACUCUCAGGGCCAGGAGGUUACGGUAGGUUUCAACCUCUGACUCCUCAUCACUCCUCCUGUGAGCACAGCAGC